AUGGACGCAUCAGAUGACUGUGACCCUAAGCUGGUCAUCGCACUCCCCUCCGAAAUCUUCUGGCACUUGAUCAAGUUCAGCAGGCUGUCAUCUGUCAAAUUCAUCGGCAUUGGAAAUUACAAUCUUGACGAUAGGUUCAUCAAUGAUGUCACAGUUGCCUGGCUGAAAAUUUGGGCAUUGAAGUUCGCUCCAAUGAGAUGUGCCAGUUAUACCAUCACCUUCACCGCCAUGAUAUCGCUGUCGUCAAGGUGCAGAUCACUCCACACCUUACAUCUGACGCUUGAUGCUACACAAUCAACGACAAUUCCUCAAGCACCGGACGGGAUGGAAGAUCUUUGGCCCAUGCAAACAGCCCUUCGAAAGCUGCAUCUUGGACACUCUGAGGUGUUGAAAGUUGUGGGCAUUCCAUAUUUCCUAGCUGAGGUGUUUCCAACUCUAUCAGAUUUCAAGUCGUACUAUUGCUACUGCAAUCCCAAUAUCGAUAGGAUUCAAUCAGGACUGUUGGAAGCAUGGGGACAACUAAGGUUACUUCAGAAGGGUGAGGAAUUGGAGGAGGAGGAGGAGGAGGAGAGGGUGAAGGAGGAUUCAGAUGAUGAUGCAUAG